AUGAUGAUGAUGAUGAUGAUGAGUGAUGAUGAUGAUGAUGAUGAUGCUGAUGAUGAUGCUGAUGAUGAUGAUGAUGAUGCUGAUGCUGAUGACGGAGUUGUUGAUGAUGAUGAUGACGAUGACGACGACGAUGGAGAUGACGAAGAUGACAAUGAUGACGGAGAUGAUGAUGAUGAUGAUGUAGAUGAGGAGGAAGAUGAUGACGAUGAUGAUGAUGAUGACAACGACGACGAUGGAGAUGAUGGAGAUGAUGAUGAUAAUGAUGGAGACGGAGGUGAUGAUGAUGAUGAUGGCUACUUUCAGGUUGAUGCUUUUGUGAGUUGGUCUCACUACUCUCUUAUCCCUGAGAACAAGGUUGUCAAUCUCGUUGAAAGGAUCGACAUGCUUGCAAAGGAAAUCACCUAUCAGUCUUCUUCUACAGACAUUGUUCACGAGUUAAACGCAAACUCGAUGGAGAUGUGCGAGAGAAGAACGCAGUUCGUGAUCUACCAGGGAAAGAGAGGACUUGGUCUCAGAAGUAUCUACACCGCUCGGACGAUAGCGAACUUGUUCGAUCACUGUGUUGUCCUUGUGAAGAAGUACCAUUACAUCCUGAACGACCAACGCCCGGCCUCGGCUGAUACAAAUUUGAUGGUCCUGCAGAAAGCUGUUCUGCGACUGGUUGACAGACUCUACUCCUCCCGCUUCCUUCAUGCCUGGGCCUGGCUGGUCGCGUGCAACAAUCCGCCAGGGUAUCUAGAGAUCAUGGACGUCCAGGAGACGCUGCAGCGAGUUGCAAACAGCUUGCAGAUUGCUGAUGAUGAGAAUGUACACUAUGCACUGUACUCCUGUUUCAAACCUGAAGCAGAGAUCACUGGAAGUCAGUUGAGACUGCACGUGCAAAGUUUGAACCUUCCGAUUCCUCCGAGAUAUAAGACUACGAUGAUGGACUACUACGACAAAGCACUUUGCAAGGUGAACACCAGCAGGGCGAGAAGUGAAAGUGGAGGAUCCAAAGUUGGAGGGGUGAAGGGAGAGCCAACAACCGAGGUCACGAUCCGAUCAAGAAUGCAGCAAACUUCCAUCAUGUCGUCAGACGAUGUCGAUGUCAGUGAGGCGUUCGAGGGGUCGAUGCUGUUGGAAGACGUGGGAUUCUGA